GCAUUUGGGGCCGUAGAGUCAAUGUCGGAUCGACAGUGCAUCCAUAACACCAGUACAGGGGCUGUUCACUACUCUGCGGAAGACCUGGUGUCAUGUUGUCACACUUGUGGGUUCGGCUGUAAUGGUGGCUUCCCUGGGGCAGCCUGGCGCUACUGGGUACACAGUGGCAUUGUCAGCGGAGGCAACUAUGGAUCGAACCAGGGUUGUGCGCCAUAUGAAAUUGCGCCUUGUGAGCACCAUGUGAACGGCACUAGACCUCCUUGUGCUGAGGGUGGCAAGACACCUAAGUGUGAGAAACGAUGCCAACACUCAUACAGUGUGGACUACAAUAAGGACAAACACUUUGGGAAGAGCGCUUACAGUGUAGAUGGCGAGGAGAAACAGAUUCAGAUAGAGAUCAUGAAGAAUGGACCAGUAGAAGGAGCUUUCUCAGUCUAUGAAGAUUUUGUACAGUACAAAGCAGGUGUGUACAAGCAUGUGGCAGGCAAGAUGUUGGGAGGACAUGCCAUCCGUAUCUUAGGGUGGGGGGUGGAGGAUGGCACUCCUUAUUGGCUAGUAGCAAACUCCUGGAACUCUGACUGGGGUGAUCAUGGAUAUUUCAAAAUCCUCCGAGGUUCCGAUGAGUGCGGCAUCGAGAGUGAGAUCAAUGCUGGCAUCCCAAAGUAAUCUACAUGACAAUUAGUGUCUGCUCAAUAUUAUGUCUUUUUAACGUUCAUAAUUUGUUUAUGAAAAAAGUGCCAUCAUUGUUUUACUAUAUAUAUAUAUAUAUAUAUAUAUAUAUAUAUAUAUAUAUAUAUACUAUAUAUUUGACUGUGGUAUAAAAAAUAAUAAUUCUCAUACCUGUAUACUCAAAUCGAAGAACAAAAUAUCUUUCUGAUAGUUGAUAUUUGUUUAUGUUACUACUGGAUUAUAUAUUUUUGCUAUGAAGUUCAUGUGUUAUGUUUCAAUAAAUAAAUAUUUUGAAUAUA